GAGGAGCCUUUCGUUGGAUCCAAUACUGCCUAAAAAAUGCCUACCGUUAGUUGCGACAAACAAGACCUUUUUGAUGCUCUGAACAAAGAGUACACUACGGAAGAGUUUGAUCAGCUCUGCUUUCAAUUUGGUGUAGAGCUGGACGGUGAUACUACCAACGAUCCUUCCAGAGAUCCUUCGGAGCGUCCCGCUCUGAAAAUCGAUAUUGGAGCCAACCGUUACGAUCUUCUUUGCGUGGAGGGUAUUUCUCAGGCAUUAAAUGUGUACAACCGUCGUCUUUCGGCUCCUAGAUACAAGGUCCUCCCUCCCACAACGAAGGUUGUCGUGAAGGACAGCACUUCUUCCGUCCGUCCUUACUUUGCUGCUGCUAUCCUUCGUGGCGUGCAAUUCACACCUCGUCGCUACCAGAGCUUCAUUGCUUUGCAAGACAAGCUCCAUGCAAACUUGUGCCGUAACCGUUCUCUUGUGGCUAUUGGCACUCACGACUAUUCUAAAAUCCAAGGUCCUUUUACGUACGAAGGCUUAAAGCCUGAAGAAAUUGAGUUUGUCCCUCUGAAUCAAACCACUGUUUUGAAUGGAAAGAACUUGGUUGAGUACUACUCGCCCGUGAAGCACUUGGCCCGUUUCUUGCCCUUGAUUAGCAACUCGCCCGUUUACCCCGUCGUUCUGGAUUCCCAACGCCGCGUUUGCUCGCUGCCCCCUAUUAUCAACAGCGAUUUGAGUAAGAUCUCUUUGGACACUCGUGAUGUUUUCAUUGAGUGCACUGCUACCGACAAGGUUAAGCUUGAAAUUGUGUUGAACACCAUGGUUACCAUGUUCUCUCGUUACUGCGAGGAGCCUUUCUCUGUCGAAGCUGUUGAGAUCGUCUCUGAGCACAACGACUGCUCUCGUGUCACUCCCAAGCUUGAACCAACUUUAUUCAAGGCCGAAGUUGCCUACCUGAACAGUGUUUGUGGUCUUGAUUUGCCUGCCAACGAGGUGUGCGAGUACUUGGAGCGCAUGAUGCUUGAUGCUAAACCUGAUCCUGAGAACAGUAAGCUUCUCAACGUUUAUGUCCCUGCCACGCGUGCAGAUAUUCUUCACCAAUGUGACAUUAUGGAGGACCUUGCUAUUGCUUAUGGAUAUGAUAACCUGAAGCACACUUACCCUGGUCAAAGCAUCACGCAUGGCCAACCAUACCCCAUUAACCAGCUUUCCGACGUUAUUCGUCGUGAAAUUGCCUUGGCUGGCUGGUCUGAGGUUAUGCCCUUCACGUUGUGCUCUCACGACGAAAACUAUGCUUGGCUUCGUAAAACGGACGAUUCUCUUGCCAUUGAGUUGGGUAACCCCAAGACGCAAGAAUUCCAGGUCGUUCGUUCUAGUUUGUUGCCCGGUAUUCUGAAGACUAUUCGUGAGAACCGUGGUCACGCUUUGCCCAUUAAGAUUUUUGAGGUCAGCGAUGUUGCUUUCAUUGACCGCACGAAAGAAUCCUUGACUCGCAAUGAGCGUCACAUUUGCGCCGCUUAUGUCGGCCAAACAUCUGGUUUCGAGUUGAUUCAUGGUUUGCUUGACCGGAUCAUGGCCAUGUUACAUACCAGACGCAUCACCACUCCCAAGACGGACUUGGAAGCUGGUUUCUGGAUUGAGCCCGUGGACGAUCCCACUUACUUCCCUGGUCGUUGCGCUGCUAUUUACUUCCGUAAGGAAUCGGGCAAGGAGGGCUUGCGUGUUGGUACCUUUGGUGUGCUUCACCCCUUGGUUCUCGAGAAGUUCCAGCUUGCCAGCGUUGCUUCUGUGGUUGAGAUGAACCUUUGGCCCUGGCUUUAAGUUCCGUCGCUUUUGUCAGUGUUUUUAGUGAACACUGUCUUAACGGCGAUGGCUGAAGUUUAAGUUAGCUGUCGUAGAACGGCACUGUCUAAUCUUCCUCUUUCAAAAAAUAGACUAUGGACAAGUGAGUCACGACCCGUGAGCAAGAAGCUCUCAUGGUUGUACGUAGCAUGCUAUGAAACAGACAUUGAAUUUGAAACUUGCGCACGAACGGCGGGAUGAAAACACAACCAUAAACUGAUCCAUCAAACCACACAAUCCGACCCACAACUACAUCCUCACACACCAACUCAACAACCCACCUCCAUCGUAAUGGUCAGUAUUGCUCUCAUUGUGUCGUAUUUACCACCUAGUAACCAAAUUGAGCAAGCUUCUCGUUGACAGAGGAGGCAGCCUUGGCAGCAGAGAACUUCUUUUGCUUGGUAAGCUUGGCUUGGUAGAAAGCAGCACUCUUGACCUUUCUGCGCUCCUCCAACUUGGCAACAACGUCUUGGUACUUCCAGCCGACCUCAGCAGAGAGACGGCCGACAGUGCAGUACUUGCGACCGGGCUUGAGACGCAAAACACGAAGAGCCGCAGGGACGACGACACGCUUUUGCUUGUCAAAGGGAGCGGGGAUACCCUCAACAGCUUGGAGACGCUCCAUGGCAGCUUGGCCACGGGCAGUCUUGUGAGGGAUCAUACCACGGACAGCCUUUUGGAAGAUGCGAGAGGGAGCACGGAAGUGGAAUGCACCACGGGUAGGGUUGUAACGGCAGGCCUUACGCAAGUAAGCAAGGUACUUGAGCUUGUUACGGAAAAAGUGACCAGAGAUGUUCAACUCCUCGCAACGAACGACGACGACCUUUUGACCGUUCAAGAGUUGCUUGGCGACAACAGAGGCCAAGCGACCAAGAAGGUGUCUACAACAUAAUUGUUAGUACUCGACUGCUCCAUCAUCGGCUGAACCAUUGCUUAAACAUACCCCUUUGCGUCAAUCACAACGACCUUUUGGAAUUCCGACAUUGUGUGCUGGAGAAGGAGGAAGCGUUUGGCAGAAUUGUGUUGACCGAAACUGUGACUGCUCCCUCUAACGAAUCCGAACGAAGUAUAGCGUUUUCUAACAUUGCGAUAAAAGACUUUUGGUGGCGGUAGGUGUUCUUAAACGCAUAUAACGUAUUAUGUGGAAACGUAGCAGAGUUUAACGUAAUGGAACACAAACGAGCCCAUACGCUAUCAGUUACUUGAUACAGGCAGAGACUGCCGUAUAUAGAUUAUUUACAGUUGUCUGUUACUAGAGGGAACAGAUUUGCUCUAUUAAGAAGUAGAACUAUCGCCAACUUUUACCAUCGCAAGCUUUAGAAUAAAUGAAAACACAAAGUGUUCCAUGGGGAAAGAGAGAUGUCAAUGAGAGUGUAACUACUGCCGAUGUCAUUAAUGGCAGUUAUGGUAU